AUGGCAAGAGCAUGGAAGACACAAGGCAAAUCUACAGUGAAGCUCCCAGAUAAGAAGAAGAACUCGAAGAAUCUUGCUGGUACGCAGGCAAGAUAUAACUACAUCUCCGGGAUCUCUGAAGGACAAUACAGGUAUAGCACAGUCAAGACCAGCAUAUGGCCCGGCAAUACCUCGGAUAUGGUCUUUUUAAACGAAUUAAAACCAUCCGAUAUUCGACUGCUACCGCUACACCUCGGCAAAUCUUCUCCAAUCAAGGCCUGCAAGGACUAUGAAUGUUUGGAGACACAGGGCAAGCAAUGGGCGUGCAUCUCCGGUCUACCAGCCAUAGGGGCCAUGGCUAUUUGA